AUGUUGAGGUCUCCAAGUGGCUACAGCUCGUCAAGCGCAGAUCACAUCGAAGGUGCCGUGAACAACUGCCUGAGGGGACUGGACAGAUCCCGAUGCCUUGUGGUCACUUCAGGUGCUCGUUGGACAGGUCGACAGCCAAGCUUCCCUGGUGCUAAGGUUCUUCAGAUUGACUGCAGGCAUUUCCAUGAUCCUGACAGCGACAGAUCGAUCCGAGGUUGCACUGGACGACAUCCUAGCAUUAUCCGAGGAGUUGCACUUCAUGAGGCAAUGAAUGACCUCGUUGAGCAGGUGACAGAUUUCUUGAGGGCUAACCCGAAUGGGAAGCUCGUGAUCCACUUGUACUGCACCAGUGGUCGUCAUCGCAGUGUUGGAUUGGCAGCUUUGAUCUACUACUUCUUGGACGUGACUGAUUGGAGGAAGCCUUUGCUGAUCCAUUAUCACAGCCCGGAGUGGCGUGAGAUGACUUGUGGAGGUCAUUGCAGUCUUUGUGCAACAGCCGACACCAGAGAGCUUGGAAACUUGAUGAACAGGCAUCUUCCUGACGUGCGUGUUGUGGAUGUGGAUGAACCUGAUAGGGCCUACUACAACGGCGACGAGAUCUAUCCCCACGUUGACACCAUCCAGGACUGUGCCAGUUCCAGUCCGUGUAUGUUCCAGCAUAUCCACCUCCAAGCCGUAGUGCUGGAGACUCAUCUCGUGGAGGAGCACAUCACGAAGGAGACGAACGAGGCCGUGAUUAUGGAGGACAAGACCGACCAGAAGAAGAUCCUCUUCGAGCGGCAGGCGUGGUCGGCGAUCUCGAAGCAGCCACCGAUUCGACGCCCAUGUGAUGAGUCUCAGCGUCAGCGACUUGAGAGGGAACUCCGCGACAUCUUGAACGACAACAGCGGAGACCCAUAUUGCUGGAAUGUCGAUGAAGACAUCCUUUCUUGGAUCAUCUCUUCUGCAAAACUGUGGGGAAACAGAGAUCGGGUGAUCUGGAUUACAGACCCCAGCCUUCCUCAUGAGGAGCAGCAGCAGCAAGGCAUCAGGGUGGACAUCAAGCUCAGAUCCCACGUGAGGAGCACUUUGAUUUCAGGUGGCAAAUGGAUGAAUCGACAGGGUUGGGUGAAAUCGUCAUUCUAUCGACCACGUGAUUCCGCAGGAACAUUGUGGAACAGACUUCAACGGGAAGAAGCUGUUGGAGAGAACGUCGAUCUCCCGACUACUUGGGCCGAUUUGGUGAUCUUCUCACAUCGAGACGUGCGCCCGCGAGCAUAUACGGGGCGCGUGGUUUUGUUGUCAGGUGAUCAGGGUUUUGAGGGCAGUAUCGCACCAAAAACGGAGCCCCAAAACGCACCAAAAACGGAGCCCCAAAAGAGCCAGAAAUAUGUCCCCAAAACAAAAGUCCAUUUGCAGAGUCGAAAGAAUCCUCCAACUCCACCACAGCCAAGUCGGUUUAUGAUUUGUACAGAUGAUGACAUGUUCAAGGGAAACCCCAAGAUUCAGACCCCGAAAGAUGAGUCAACCGACUAUAGCACAAGUUCAUCCGAUGAGAGCCCUGUUGCCAAACCUGUGAAAAGCAAAUCCUCCAAUGGAAAGCCUUGUCAUGAGAAACCCCCCAAGGAUGAAGUGAUCAUCAAAACCGAACCCGGUGAUGUACUGCCAGUUGGACUCAUGGCCAGAGAUCCAGAUGGUCCCAACAUGCAUGAAGUUGUUCUGGACUCUGACACCGAUGUUGAAGUGCAUGAACAUGGUCCAAUUGCCAUCCAACCCAAUGAGAGAGUCACCAUGGGUAGGAAACACCGUAAAGCAGUGUUGGACGGUAUUGCCAAUUUGAACAAGAACGACAUGAUGAUCCAGAGUGGACUUGGUUUGAUUUCCAAUCCCAAUCGAGAUAGCAAGACAGUUGUUUUCACUUCCCAUCCGUUCGUGUUCGUCCAGGAGUCUGGCCAGCCUUCGGUCGACGUGAUCGACGUUGGUGUGGGGGCCAGUCAUCUUGACCCUGAAUUUGACCCCAAAGAUUUUUGUAAUCUGUUGGAGGGGUAUCAAAACAUUGUCAUUGCCAUUGGAUACAACAACCCAAAUGAUCCAUUGGGACAUGGUCGUUUUCUGGCAGAAGUGGAGUUGAUGUGCGACUUGGACAAUUGCAAGUUUCUGCACAUAGAUGUUGCCAUGACUGAUCGAUGGGAGAAACAUCAACACCCCCAAACACCAUAUAUCAAUGACCAUGGUUUGGCAUUCACAUGCAAUGACGAACAGUGGACCCAUGAGUUUGAAUCUUGGUUUCGUGGACAGACGAUGGACGAUGUCUUGUCUUGGAAGUUUGCAGAUUGGAUUGGGAGUUGGGCCAAGGAAGAUGAUUUGAACCAUCAAAUGGGGAUAGCGUUUGUGGGGGACAUGCAUGAAGAAGCACAUGAAGAGCAUCAACGACUUGACGCCCUCUGGGACUCCGAUGACAGAGCCCAGGUGAACCCUGUUGAGGAACUGAUUUCUGAGGAAACCCUCAUUGACGAAGUCGAGAUUCCAGGACUUCCACAAGAUGAGGUGGAGAGACGCAAGCAGUGGAAAAAGCUUCCAGCCAGAGUGAGGAUCGCUGUCAGGCGACUUCACCGUCAGUUUGGUCAUGUGCCGAGGCAGACCAUGAUCCACUUGCUUCGUGCUGCCAGGGUUCGAACAGAGUUCAUUGAUGCAGUAAAACUUCAUAGGUGCACAGCAUGUGAAGAAACAUCCCGAAAGAAACCCACACACAAAACUGCAUUGCCCCACAACUACUCUUUCAACCAUAGCUUGGGAAUUGAUGUUUUUGAGAUCAUUGAUGCAGGUGGUUCCAAGUUUCAAGUUUUGAACAUGGUAGAUCUUGGGACGACAUUUCAACUGUGCGAGGUUGUCAGAACAGGCCAGGGACAGCCAUCAUCCAGUGAAUGUCUGAAGGCCCUGCAGAAACGUUGGUUUUCAUGGAGUGGACACCCAGUGAACUUGAUGUGUGACCGAGGGUUGCAUAACCGUGGUGUACUGUCAAAGUACAUGGACGAUCAUGGCAUUCAGGUUUAUCACAGCCCACUUGAGGCACCUGAAAACCUUGGCCGUGUAGAGCGCCACGGGGCCAUUGCCAAAGCUCUUUUCCGAAAGGUCUCAAAAGAAACUCAACCUCUUGGCAGAGAACAGGUUGAGUCAGUUCUGCAAGAAGUGCUCAUGGUGAAGAAUAAUGCAUCACGUGUAGGAGGCUUUUCACCAUCACAGUGGGUGUUGGGUAAGGCACCACGCUCAGACCCCAGUCCAUUGUCCGAAGAGCGAUUUGCAGAGCUCGGAGCCUUGGAGGCCCAGCACAACCCCGAAAGCAUUUUUUGCUUUGCAGCAUCUUGCUAG